CCGAGUUCCCGGGUGUGUGUGUCUGUCUGUGUCUCGCGGCGGUGCGCCGCCGCGGUCAAGCGCUCAGGGGUCCGCGUCUGAGGCGUCAUCGCUGUCACUGCCGCUACCAUACCCGAACCACUUCUAGAAGGACGGAGGCCUGGCCCUUCUCCGGGUGGAGAAGAUGUUGCCCCUGUCCAUCAAGGAUGAUGAGUACAAGCCACCCAAAUUCAAUCUGUUCGGCAAGAUCUCAGGCUGGUUCAGGUCCAUCCUGUCGGACAAGACAUCCCGGAACCUGUUUUUCUUCCUGUGCCUGAACCUCUCUUUCGCUUUUGUGGAACUGCUCUACGGCAUCUGGAGCAACUGCCUAGGCUUGAUCUCCGACUCAUUCCACAUGUUUUUUGAUAGUACUGCCAUAUUGGCUGGAUUGGCAGCUUCUGUAAUUUCAAAGUGGAGAGAUAAUGAUGCUUUCUCUUAUGGGUAUGUUAGAGCGGAAGUUCUGGCUGGCUUUGUCAAUGGGCUGUUUUUGAUCUUCACUGCUUUCUUUAUUUUCUCAGAAGGAGUUGAGAGAGCAUUGGCUCCUCCAGAUGUACACCAUGAGAGACUGCUGCUUGUUUCAAUUCUUGGAUUUGUGGUAAACCUAGUAGGAAUAUUUGUUUUCAAUCAUGGAGGUCAUGGACAUUCUCAUGGCUCUGGCCAUGGACACAGUCAUUCCCUCUUUAAUGGUGCUCUAGAUCACACCCAUGGCCACGAAGAUCAUUGCCACAGUCAUGAAGCCAAACAUGGACACAGCCAUGAUCAUGCUCAUGGACACGGGCACUUGCAUUGUCACGAUGGCCCAUCCUUCAAAGAAACAGCAGGACCCAGCAGACAGAUUUUACAAGGUGUAUUUUUACACAUUCUAGCAGAUACACUCGGGAGUAUUGGUGUAAUUGCCUCUGCCAUCAUGAUGCAGAAUUUUGGGUUGAUGAUAGCAGAUCCUAUCUGCUCAAUUCUCAUAGCCAUUCUUAUAGUUGUAAGUGUUAUUCCUCUUUUAAGAGAGUCUAUUGGAAUAUUAAUGCAAAGAACUCCUCCCUCGUUGGAAAAUAUACUCCCCCAGUGCUAUCAGAGGGUGCAGCAGUUACAAGGAGUGUACAGCUUGCAAGAACAGCACUUCUGGACGCUCUGUUCUGAUGUUUACAUUGGGACCUUGAAGCUCAUAGUAGCCCCUGAUGCAGAUGCCAGGUGGAUCUUAAGCCAAACACAUAAUAUUUUCACUCAGGCUGGAGUGAGGCAGCUUUAUGUACAGAUCGACUUCGCAGCGAUGUAGUCAGUGAAGAGAAACUGAGGACCAAAGUUUUCCAGUACUGCACAAUCCAAAGCACUGUGUUACCCAGUGCCCUCAGCAGAGACGCCACCACUACAGCUUGGAAGCCCCAGGCAGCGCAGGUACAGUCGGCCGCGUGCUGGAGAUCACAGCCCAGACUGUCGCCUCGGGUGCUUUUCCCUCCAAGCCAUUCUGAUCGCUAAGGUUUCCAGGUUUGUUCUAGGGUGUUGGGUUAUCUUUUCCUACCCCCUGGAGGGGGUGGUUCUUGCUGAUCACCUUCAGCCCAUCCUUGUCAUCCCACCCAGCCAGUGAGAAAUUCAGACCGUGGGCCUCCAAUCCUCUGAAUGUCUUCACUAAAGCUGCUGGACACCACUGCUUUUACUCCCACAAGACCAGUGUUGUUUUUACAAAAGAGGUCUGUUCUCUAUGUAAUGUCACAGUUGUUGACAUUCUUCCAUGUAAUCAUACGUUUGUAAAUUGUUUGUAACUUGCAAACUUACCAACCAAACCAUAUUGGGUUUUCAAAGUGCCUUUGUAUCAGAAAUAUAUUUGCCAGCAUAGAAAUGUACCAUCAAAGGUCAUAUGUAUGUGUUUUUUUUUUUAAUGGAUAUUCUGUAAUUUGUAUAAAAUAAGACUUGCUAGUAACCUAUAUAAUUGUCUUUGUGUAUUUCCAGCAUAGAUUUAAAUAUAUUAAAUUUCUUGUCUUGUGAAAAAUGACAUUAUUUUGCUUUAUGAGAAAAUCCAGUGACACAUUAAGUUACUUUGUAGGCUGUUUUCAAAAGUGCAAAUACAUUAGAAAAACUUACUUAGAGCUAAAAUAUCUGCUACAUUACAGAUUUCUACAAAAGCAUUCACCUGUCUGUGAUAAAUUUUCCAGUAGCUUUCCUUGCCAUUUUUAUGGAUUCUAUUAAUGAUGAGAAAAAGCAUCAUAGGGAUGGAAGAAAUAAUUGUGACAGUGUCAUUUUACAUCUUCAUACUCUCUUUAGGCGCCAAGUAGUACAGUUUGUUUUUCUGGUUUUUGCUUGCACAAAUACAAAUGACUUUGAGGAAUUGCAAGGCAGCGUUUUGACUGGGUAUGAACUACUGUCAAUACAGAACGAGUGUGAUGAUGUGAAUCUUUUAACAUGGGUAAAGUCUUACAAAUAGUUGAUUUUCUAGUCUUGAGUAUGUGAAAAGUAAAACUGUGAUGGGCAUGAUGAUGCAUACUUUUAAUCCCAGCACUCGAGGGGCAGAGGCAAGAGAUCUCUGUGAGUUCAAGGCCAGCCUGGUGUAUGUAGUGAGUUCCAGAACAGCCAAGGCUACAUAGAGAGACCCUGUCUUAAAUUAUACAUAAAUUGCAAUUUGAGAUGACAGGUGCUUAACACUCAGUAAGUAUUCUUGAUGUUUUCUGAAGAUAUGCUAUUUGAGUGAACAUUUUCCCAUUGUAGUUCAUUUAUCCCAACAAAUAUUUUCUUUAGUUUAAAUAAAUUGAUGUUGCUAGCAAAAAUUUAAAAACCUUUCAAGGCAAAAAUAUAAAGAGUAUAGAUCAAUGAUAGGCACUUUAUCAGUAAGGUGGCAGAAUUUACUGUUGUUUUUCCCUGAGUUCUCGAGUACCUUUUCUCCUAUUUCUGACCUACAAUUUACAAACUGUUGUGCAUUAGAAGAUGCAGUAUUUUUCUGCAGCAGAAUGCCACACAAUGUUCAUGGUACCCAUUUGGUAAAUCACGUUGUAAUUUCAAAGCCUAUUUGCUGUCUGCCAGGCACUUCUAAAGUGAAGAAUCCCUGCAGUAGAUUGUGUUUGGCUGAAAUAGUAGUUUGUGUUAGUCUCUCAGGAGGGAAUGUACAAAUGGAAAUGUCCUCUUACUGUACCUCUUUUUCAUUUCCAUUCUGAGUAGUUGAGAUCCCCCAGGAUAACCUGUAGGUUGGGGUAUACUGCUGAAAAUGACAGGUCUAGAUUUACAAGCUAAUCCUGGUGACUGUUGACAUUGCACAUAUGGAGUCAACAAUGCUGUCUGAGAUUUACCAAAUCUGCUUUCCCCUGGGCCCUUAGUUCCAAGUUUUUAUCAAAAUGUGUCAUUCUGUUUAGCUAGACCCUCAGUGCACAAAUCCAUGAAUGUUGCUGUUUCCUUUGUCAAAGCACAGAAUAUGUUUGAUAUGAAAGUAAUUUUGCACUUUGUUCUAAGCGUGCAUAACAUUUAUCAGGCUGACAUUGACAUUUUUAAUUAAACGCUGGUAUACCUGUAUGUGAACAGAAACAACUCUUCAUAGAAAAAUGCUUGUCUUUUAGUGUUCUUGAUACAGAUGUAUUACUAACAGGUGGCUUCACUAAGAAAUACUACCUGGUUAUAGUAAUAAAAUAAAUUUCAAAUGCUCCUAACAUUAGCUAAUAUUCUUACAAAAAAAAAAAAAAGCCAGUCUGUGUGUAAAUUUGCCAAACUAUGAAUAACCAAAGUUUUUUGUUUGUUUUCUGAAUAACAAGCUUACAUUUUUUAGGGAAAGUUUACUUUGCCAGAUAAACAUCCCCAACUAGGUGUAUUUUUAAAGUCUGAUUGUCUUACUUGAUCAAGAACCUGAAUCCAACUUUCUCAUUUUGAAAACUCCCUGUAUGUCUUUCUGAAAGACAGUCUCUAGUCAUAUGUGGGUUAUUGUUCCUUUACUGUCACCCACCCUCUUCUCUGGAGGAGGCAUAAGAGCAUGGCAGCAGGUGACAUUGUGAUUCCCUUCAUCUAGAGUCUUCAAAGCCUACACAUAUGUACCAGUAACCAAAAUACUCUGACUUCUGUGUGCCUCUACAAAGCAGCCAAAUCAUUAACCCGCAAUGUAGCUCAUCAGAACUCUUGUGUUUUUACAGAUGGGAAUAUGGGAACCAAGCUGGUAUAGAAUGCUGGGAUUUAAGAGUAAGGCAUUACUUGCUGUAGAAUUUCACACCUAAGCAAAGACUGUGCUGGGUACAGUCUGCUUCUACCUCUCAUUUGCAGAUGAGAAACCUGAGGUCCAGAAAAGCUGUCAUUUCCUUAAGAUUACAGGGCUAAAUGGUGGCAAAGCCAAGGCUCAAAUGUGAUCACCCAGUCGAGAGUUCUUUACACUGUACUGUGCUGCUCCCGUGUGACGUUGCCAUUCUGUAAAUGUGACUAAAUAUGGCUUGUAAAUAAAGAACUCUGACCUCUAA